CAAAUUUUUUAUAAUUAUACUGGCCAGUAGUUUGUUUGUUUUUUUUUCUUUGUCUAAAAUUACGAGCCUCUGGACUGGACUGGAUCUGAUUUUAUUUUCGAUCACAUAUAUAAAUAAAUAAUUAUAUAACAACAAAACAGCAGGGACACUACUGAAACGAGAAUCCGAUAAAUUUGGAUUUCAAUUUCACUCCAAAUCAUUCUCUUCUCUCUUCUUCCUACUCUGUUCUUUGAAUCUCUCACUCCUAAACAAAUGUCGUUUCGCUCCUCAAAACCCUAGAGUUAUCUUCUUUUGUGUAGAAUCUGGAGCUCAUAUUCAUUGUUGCAAGUUUUCUUGGCAACUUCACUGAUUGGUGGAUCUUGGAAUUUUUUUACAGGUUGGUAUUGGUUGGUUACCUUUUUUUGGAGAUUGUCGUUUCUGGAUUUUGACAGCAAGUGGUGCUGCUCAAUCGGUUGAAUGAAACGUCACUCUGACGAAGUAUUCCGUGCUGUUUCGUUUUUUUGGAUUGCUGAUCCGUAAUUGCGUACUACAGAUUGUGCAUUGUGAUCUAAGCUUUGUGUUUUGUUGUGUAUAUGAUGGGUAUAUAUAUGAAUCUGUGAGUCUGAUGUUAAAAUUGAGGGGAGAAGAUCUGCACAUGUUGUUUGCAAGGAAGUGUGAACUGUUUCGACACUUGUAGGAGUUGUUAGGAUCCAUGGUGACAUAUACAGAAGUAUUUGUGUUAUGAUUGGUUGUGUUUUUCUCUGUUCUUGGAGAUUUACUGUGUUUUUGGUAAAAUUUGAUUUUUGAGACGGGGUUGGACGAUCGAUUUGGAUAUGAGAAGCUCCUGGUUCAACAAACUAUCUGUCAUUCUGGGCCCUAGACCGCCACUGAGCUGGUUACUAUUGUGCCUGGUUUCAGUUCUUGCGCUAAUCGCAGUAUUAGGAUCAUCUUCUUCGGGAGCCUUUGAUUCUGUAUCUCCUAUCCCCGUUCCUGACAUUUAUAUAAACUAUAGAAGGCUUAAGGAGCAGGCAGCAGUUGACUAUCUGGAGCUGAGGUCUCUCUUUUUAACGCCUAGUCGCCAAAAAGAGAUAGACCUUUGUGGUAAAGAAAGAGAAAAUUAUGUGCCUUGUUAUAAUGUUUCAGCAAAUUUGGUAGCCGGGUACAAAGAUGGAGAGGAGUUUGAUCGGCAUUGUGAAUUAUCAAAGGAAAAAGGAGAGCAAUGUCUGAUUCGUCCUCCCAAGGACUACAAGAUUCCUCUGAGAUGGCCAGCUGGUAGGGAUGUGAUAUGGAGUGGGAAUGUGAAGAUAACCAAAGACCAGUUUCUUUCGUCUGGAAGCAUGACCAAAAGGUUGAUGUUGCUGGAAGAAAACCAAAUUGCAUUUCAUUCUGAGGAUGGUUUGAUCUUUGAUGGUGUAAAGGAUUAUUCUCGUCAAAUUGCAGAAAUGAUAGGGUUAGGAAGUGAUUAUGAGUUUAUCCAAGCUGGUGUGCGUACCGUACUAGAUAUUGGUUGUGGUUUUGGUAGCUUUGGAGCUCAUUUACUGUCACUGAAAGUAAUGCCUGUUUGCAUUGCGGCAUAUGAGGCAACUGGAAGCCAAGUUCAGUUGGCCCUAGAGAGAGGACUCCCUGCAAUGAUUGGCAACUUCGUUGCUAGACAGCUUCCAUAUCCAUCAUUGUCAUUUGAUAUGGUUCAUUGUGCUCAGUGCGGUAUUCUUUGGGACCAAAAAGAUGGGAUGUUACUUCUGGAAGUUGACCGAGUACUCAAGCCUGGCGGCUACUUUGUUUUAACAUCACCUACAAGCAAGCCAUAUGAAAGUUCAUCCAAUACCAAGAAGAGAAACAUGUUAACUCCAAUAGAAGAUUUGACCCAGGAGAUCUGUUGGAGUCUUCUAGCUCAGCAAGAUGAAACUUUUAUUUGGCAGAAAACUUUUGAUGCUAAUUGCUAUACGUCUCGCAAGCAGGGCGCUAUACCACUUUGUAAAGAAGGCCAUGAUAUUCAGUCUUAUUAUCGCCCCCUUGUAUCAUGUAUUAGUGGAACCACCAUCAAACGAUGGGUUCCAAUUCAAAACAGGUCUUUUAGUUCCCAAUUGAGCUCCACCGAGCUUGACGUUCAUGGAGUUCAGCCCAAUGAUUUCUUUGAGGAUUCCCUGGUCUGGAGAACAGCUCUAAGAAAUUAUUGGUCUUUGCUUACACCCUUGAUUUUCUCGGAUCAUCCAAAGAGACCGGGAGAUGAAGACCCUUUACCUCCAUUUAACAUGAUACGCAAUGUGAUGGAUAUGAAUGCUCAUUAUGGGGGUUUAAAUUCUGCAUUUUUGGAGGAAAGGAAAUCAGUGUGGGUUAUGAAUGUUGUGCCAGUCAGAGCUCGAGAUACACUUCCUCUCAUUUUAGAACAAGGUUUUGCUGGUGUUUUGCAUGAUUGGUGCGAACCUUUCCCUACAUAUCCCCGAACAUAUGAUAUGCUUCACGCAAGUGGGCUACUUUCACAUAUGGCUUCAGAGAGGUGCACCAUGAGGGACUUACUUUUGGAGAUGGAUCGUAUUUUGCGCCCUGAGGGAUGGGUUGUGCUUUCGGAUAAAGUUGGAACGAUAGAGAUGGCACGCAUGCUUGCCGCACAAAUCCGAUGGGAGGCAAGGGUGAUUGAUCUUCAGAAUGGCAGUGACCAACGGCUGCUUGUUUGCCAAAAGCCAUUCCUGAGAAAAUAAUUGGGCUCAGCUUGAAGAGGUCACACACCAUUCUGGAUGUGUAUAAUUCUAUUUUUGUCGUCUGGUUAACACUUGUAAACUGUUACCGAAUUGCCAAGUAUCCAAGAGAGUUGAUUGAGCAAAGUGGAAGAGAUGAGAAGAUAUGUUGGCAGCCAUAACUAUAACUAUGAGCUAAAGAGAGAAUACAAAGCAAUUGGAUGGAUAUGGAUGUGCUGCUGCUGCUGGCUACUCUGUUCUUUUCUUAUACUCCAUUCCAUGCUGGGAAGGAAUAUACCAACUUACCAGGAGAAUGUGAACGAUGUAGAGUGUACCAAGUUUGGCAGAAAAGUAACUGCAAGUCAUUUUUUAGUCACAGCGUUUCUAGCGCGCUAUUCAUUCGUCCAAUGUUUUUUUUUGGCAAUUUUUGUUUAUUUACAUCUUAUAUAUAUUUUUUGUAUUUGAUAUUGAACCUCAUGCAUUUGUCAGAAUCUGCAACCGAGCAAAGAAUUAAUGUCAAUGGCCACGAAAUGUAAGCAGUAAUAUUAAGUUUUAUCAAUGUUUUUCUUUACUA